AAUGGGGUUUCUCCCCAUGUUUUCUUGGCUAAAUUUGAUUCUUGGAAUGCUACUGUUCUAGUUUUUUGGGUGUUGAUAGCUGAGGAAUUUGACAUGAGUUGCUCAGGAUUCAUAGGCUUUUUUAUGGAUGCAGUUGAUGAGUGUUCCUUUUUGCUUUAUUUGAAGACAAAAAGCUAAUCUUGUGGGUUGUGAAUUUUUCUAGUCCAGAAACAGGAGUUCUGUAAUUAGUUUUCUCCUUUUAGUUAUGUAGUAGAUUGUGCUAUUAUAAGCUGGAGAAGAGGUUUGACUCUUUACUCAUCCGUUGUUAUCUGGUGGCUCAAUCUUAAGGAUCCCUUUAGUUAGGUUUGGUUCCAUGUAUAUUUGGAUUGAACCGACUCAGUUUCCUAUAUAACACUCGCCAUCGGGUUGUCUUCAUAAACGCAGUGCUUCUCUGAGGCAGUUUAUAAUGGAUAGAUCAGAUACAUCGGGUUUUGUGAGCGGUGGAGGUAGUUUGUUUGGAUUUGUUUCUCUUGGCUUUUUCAUUUUAAUUUAUGGAUUUUCCUGUUAAUUCAGUAGUAUUCUUUCAUGUACUGGUCCUUCAUUCUUUAAAGAUAGUUUAGGGAUUUGAUUGGUCUCAGCAAGACAAAAUGUUUUCCUCUUUCUAUGGUGGUGACUUCACAAAAAAUGGUAAUGUUGGAGACACUACUUUGCGGUUGGAUGGCUUCGGAUACGGUACACGUGAAACUGCCCCCUAUAGGGACAGUCAGACUAAUAUUGGCGGUCGAGGUAUUUGCACGAGUGCUCCAGACGACGGGUGCAAAUUAGUUCUUGGAUUGGGCCCUACACCAAGUGCAUAUUCUGGUGAGUAUUCUCCUUCUCGGGGUAGCGGAACCAAAGGAAUGACAAGCAUUCUUAAUCAAGGGUUGUCGUCUCAACAUGAUUCAACUUUGAAACUAGGUCUGUCUGGUGGAACCGAUGCGUUUUCCAAUGUACUCGAGUUUUCAGCUUCCAUGCACAGCUCUUUCAACGCACCUCGUCAACCUGAUCAAGUAUCUUCAGAUGGUAACAGAAUUGCAAUUCCUGUUGUUGAUGAGGGUUCUACAUCAGCCAAGAAAUCAGGUGGCUAUAUGACAAGACUUAUUUUGGCACCAAGAAUGGAAAAUGCUGAGAUUGUGUUGGCGAAUAAGUCUUUCGAACUUGGAGCAAAAUCUCAUUGCCAAAUAUCCCAGUUGAGCUCUGAGCCUUCAGCUGUCUCUAGUUACUCCAUGAGCGCCAUAUCCGAACCUGGAAGUGCUGCAGUAUCUUCAGAUCACAAAGGCAGUAACACAAAGAAAUGCAAGUUUGCUGGAUGUACAAAAGGAGCACGAGGGGCAACGGGUCUGUGCAUCGGCCAUGGCGGUGGGGAAAGAUGCCAGAAACCGGGAUGCAACAAAGGUGCAGAGAGUCGAACGGCAUUCUGCAAAGCCCACGGAGGAGGGAGACGGUGUCAGCAUCUGGGAUGCACUAAAAGUGCAGAAGGAAAGACUGAUUUCUGCAUAGCACAUGGUGGUGGAAGACGCUGUGGACAUCCAGGAGGGUGCACGAAAGCUGCACGUGGGAAGUCUGGUUUGUGCAUCCGGCAUGGUGGGGGAAAGAGGUGCAAGGUGGAAGGCUGCACACGUAGUGCCGAGGGACAGGUUGGUCUGUGCAUCUCUCAUGGCGGUGGACGACGUUGUCAAUUCCUUGGCUGUACUAAAGGUGCUCAAGGGAGUACCAUGUUCUGUAAAGCACAUGGCGGUGGAAAAAGAUGCAUAUUUGCAGGCUGCACUAAAGGUGCCGAAGGGAGUACGCCUCUCUGCAAAGGGCACGGUGGUGGAAAACGUUGCAUGUUUGACGGUGGUGGGAUAUGCCCUAAAAGCGUGCACGGAGGUACAAAUUUCUGUGUCGCACAUGGUGGAGGAAAGAGGUGUUCUGUUCCAGGCUGUACCAAGAGCGCCCGUGGCAGGACUGAUUGUUGUGUCAGACACGGUGGGGGAAAACGGUGUAAGUUUGAAAACUGCGGUAAGAGCGCUCAGGGCAGCACUGACUUCUGCAAGGCCCACGGUGGUGGAAAGAGGUGCAGCUGGGGCGAGGGAAAAUGCGAGAAAUUUGCUAGGGGAAAGAGCGGGCUGUGUGCUGCUCACACCAGCCUGCUUCAGGGUCGGGAGACGAAGAAAGAAGGAAUGAUUGGGCCGGGGCUCUUCCGUGGACUGGUACCAGCUACCUCUGCUGCGAGGAGCAGUUUCGACAACACGUGUUCAUCAUCCAGUGUCAGCGUGAUCUCAGAUUCCAUCGACUCACUUGAGAAGCCAGCCAAACGACAACAGCUUAUCCCUCCUCAAGUACUCGUUCCUUUAUCGAUGAAGGCCUCGUCAUUUUCCCCAAGACCACAGCAGGCAGAAACGAGCACGGGGGGUGACACCAGAAGCGGUGAUGGCAGAAAGAGCUUGGAUUUCAUGGUUCCUGAGGGGAGAGUGCACGGUGGGGGACUCCUGUCCUUGUUGGGAGGAAAUCUGAAUAAUGCAAUUGAUGGGAUUUGAACUGGUUCUACCACAACAUCCAUCCAAUUGUGAAUCUAUGUUGUUGUAGUUGUGAAUUCCUGACGCUGGAAAUUGUACAAACAGUUGAAGAAGGUCUUGUAAUUUACUGUGAGAUGUCUUGUGUUGGUCUAAUAGGAAUGUUUUAUUGUAAAAUGCAAUUGAAUUUUGAAUGAAGUUGUAAUUAUGCCACCAUAUUUGUACAAACACCUUCCUGCUACCAUGCAAUCUGAUACUUAGAUA